CGGUAGCAUCAUUGCGCCAUUAGAAUCUCAAGUGUCAACAGCCGAUCUUCUAAGUUAUAAUUUAUUUAAACUAAAAAUCUACCUUAUCCCUAAACAACAACAGAUAAACAACAACAAAUUCGUACAGGAUGAAAUUCGCGUUAACUCUGUGCUUUGCCGCUUGCUUCAUUGCCUCACUGCAGGUCGCGGCUGUGGAUCCACUGGAGCUCCCACCAGGCUACUACUAUAUGGAAUGCGACAAGCCCCAAGAAAUCGGUAGUUGCACUGGUCAGCUCCGUCGUUAUGCCUAUAAUGCAGAGAGUCAUCGUUGUGAGGAGUUCGCUUAUGGCGGUUGCGGUGGUAAUAAAAACAAUUUCGAUAGCUUAGGAGCAUGCGAGUUUACAUGCAUAAAGUUUGUUUAAAGGCACUGCGAACUCAACAUUCAAACAAAAAUAUUGAAAUAUGUAUAUAAUAUUAUAUUCUAGUAAUUCGAGAAAAUCGGUUUCAUCUUGUUAUGAGCUGAGCUUCUGAUACUU